UUGAUUCGUUGGUGGAGGCACUUCCGGCCAACCUUGCCUAUCCCCCUUCGCUCUACCUUUGCAAAAAAUAAAAAAGGGGGGGUGGAUCGGCUUUGGAAUUUCUCCUGGAAAGAGUGGUACCUCAGGUUACAGACGCUUCAGGUUACAGACUCCGCUAACCCAGAUUUAGCACCUCGGGUUAAGAACUUUGCUUCAGGAUGAGAACAGAAAUCGCACGGUGGCAGCACAGCAGCAGUGGGAGGCCCCAUUAGCUAUAGUGGUACCUCAGGUUAAGAACGGACCUCCAGGACGAAUUAAGUUCUGAACCCGAGGUACCACUGUAUUCAGCUUUCCAUAGGGAGAAGAAUCUCCUCUUGGUAACCGGAUAUAUUGCUUGGCUAGAGGAAAUGCUGUUGAACCGUGGGACUGAGCCCCGUUGCCCGUCCUGAGAGAGAGAGAGAACAUGGCUGCCGUAAAGCGAGGUGAUCUUUUGGCUGCGGGACUGGAGUCCGAGGAGGCUCUUCAAGACUCAACUGCCCUCAAAGCAGAGAGAAGGAGGACUGAAAGUGCUCGGGCUGCGUGUGGCAUGGAAACCUGCAGAAAAACAGCUCCAGAGAUCUUGAAUCAGGAUGCUCCAAAUUCCGGUGCCGAGUUCAGGCAGUUCAGGUACCAAGAGGCCAUUGGCCCCCAUGAGGUUUGCAGCCGGCUCCUGGACCUUUGCUGCCGGUGGCUGAGGCCCAAGAGACUCACUAAGGAAGAGAUGUUGGAGCUGGUGGUCUUGGAGCAGUUCCUGGCCGUCCUGCCCCCGGAGAUGCAGAGCUGGGUCAGGGAAGGCCGCCCAGGGAGCUGCGUCCAGGCCGUAACCCUGGCGGAAGGUUUUCUACUGAAGCAGCAGGAGGACAGAAGGCAAACGCUCCAGGAGCCGUUGAUGGAGGUGGCCGGCCCUUUAUCUUGUGCAAAGAAGGUUCCGUCAGACAACUUUGACAGGCCGGGACGUGGGGCCAAAACCAGCACAAUGAAAUCCCACAGAGAUAAAGACAGUGAAAUGGCACCUGAGGCACAUUCUGAAUCUUCUCCUUUUUCUGCUGGAGGGGGGAAAGGCACCAUCCAGCCAACUCAGGAGCCAGUGGUUUUCGAGGAGGUGGCUGUGAGUUUCACAGAGGAGGAGUGGGCCCUGCUGGUUCCAGGCCAGAGAGCAUUGUACCGGGAGGUCAUGUUGCAGAAUUAUGGGAUGGUGGCCUCUUUAGAAGCUCUGCUGAUUCCCAAGCCUGACCUCAUCUGCCGGUUGGAAGAGGAAGAGCUCAUUGAGCAGUGUGCUGAGGAAGGGGAGAGUUUUAAAGGCUGGAAGAGGGAGAACGAGGAUGAACUUUAUGAGGCUGCUUCGGAGGGAACUGAGACUCGAGAUGUGAAAGAGAUAUUUGUGAGUGAAGAUGGACUAGAGAUUCAGGUUGGAAAGCCGGCAAUGAAGUGGAAGGACAGAUUCCUUUAUCUGCAGGAUGUGGAGUUCCACAAAAGCUCGUUCCAAAAGGAAGCGUGCAAAGUAAGGAGGAGGAAUGAGUGUGCUGUGUGUGGACAGAUCUUCAGUCACAAAUCGAGCCUUGUUACUCAUCAGAGAAUCCACACAGGUGAGAGGCCCUAUAAAUGUGCAGUUUGUGGAAAGAGCUUCAACCGAAGGACGCGACUCACUUCACAUCAGAGGCUGCACACAGGGGAGAAGCUGUAUAGCUGUUCAGACUGCAGCAAGAGUUUUUGCGAAAAAUCGAGUCUUAAUGCCCAUCAGAGAAUCCACACAGGAGAGAGACCCUAUAAAUGCUUGAACUGUGGGAAAAGCUUCAGCCGCAGCUCAAACCUUAUUGCUCACCAGAAAAUCCACACAACACAGAAACCCCGUAAUCACUCCAAAGGCAGCAAGGCCUUCUCUGUUCAGUCUAAGCACGUUUCACAUGAGAGAAUUCACAAAGGAGAGAAGGAUCUGUGUAGUUCCGUAAUCUUUAGCAAGAGCAUCUCUGAUGACAUGAGUCUUAUUGGACAUCCAGAAAUAUAUGCGGAAGAAGAUCCUUAUAAAUGUUUUGACUGUGGGGAAAGCUUCAGUAAGAGUUCCAACCUUUUUAAGCACCAGAGAAUUCACUUAGAGGAGAAACCAUACAAAUUCUGUAGCAAUAGCUUUGCAGACAAAUCCGGUCUCAUGACACAUCAAGGCAUCCACUCGGGAGAAAAAGCAUAUAAAUGCUCAGUGUGUGAAAAGAGCUUCAGUCGCAACUGGAGCCUCCUUACACAUCAGAGAUACCACAGAGGGGAGAAACCUUAUAAAUGCUCAGACUGCAGCGAAAGCUUUUGCGACAAAUCAAGUCUUAUCAGGCAUCAGAGAAUCCACACAGGAGAGAAGCUCUAUAAAUGCUUCAUUUGUGAGAAGAGCUUCAAUCAGAGCACAAACCUUUUCACACACCAGAGAAUCCACACGGGGGAAAAACCGUACAAGUGCAUUGAGUGUGGGAAAAGCUUUAACCAGAGCUCACAUCUUAUCAGGCAUCAGAGGCUCCACACUGGAGAGAAACCCUACAAGUGCUCAGAAUGUGGGAAGAGCUUCACUCAGAGUCCAAAUCUCAUUCGGCACUGGAAAAUUCACGCCAGAGAGAACACGUAACGACGGCUUUUUGACUUUUAUGAAAAAAUAAAAGCAAUCAGCGCACAAGAGAAUGACACAUUGGAUGACGUCUUACGAGAUAAGGAAAUUGCUCACACAAAUGAGAGGUGGAAGAUUCCUGCAUUGCAGCUGGUAGAUUGGAUGACCCUUUGGGUACCUUCCACUUCUACGAUACGGUCGUGCAGCAGAAGAGUUUCAUGUGCAUGUAACGUUUUCCUAGAUCCCUCCGGGGGUUUUUUUUCCUGCAGAGACUGCAGUCCCUUCCUAGUAGUAUAAGCAAGGUAGAGCUAUAGAGUUGGAAGUGUGAACGUGCUGAGUUUUCAUUAAUAAACCAAAACAAAAAAUAAAUGUAGUGCUCAAACAACUGAUAAGAACAUAAGAAAGAGCCCUUCUAGAUCAGGUUCAGCUAGACUGGUGCCUGGUAGUGGCUGCCGAGACCAUAUAACACCAGUCCUGAGAGAUCUGGGAGCAUUGGCUCCCGGUACGUUUCCGAGCACAAUUCAAAGUGUUGGUGCUGACCUUUAAAGCCCUAACCGGCCUCGGUCCAGUAUAUCUGAAGGAGCGUCUCCACCCCCAUCGUUCUACCCAGACAUUGAGGUCCAGCGCCGAGGGCCUUCUGGCGGUUCCCUCAUUGCGAGAAGCCAAGUUACAGGGAACCAGGCAGAGGGCCUUCUCGGUAGUGGCUCCCGCCCUGUAGAACGCCCUCCCAUCAGAUAUCAAGGAAAUAAGCAACUAUCUUACUUUUAAAAGACAUCUGAAGGCAGCCCUGUUUAGGGAAGUUUUUCAUGUUUAGUGCUGUAUUUUGUUUUAAAUAUUUUGUUGGGAGCCAAAUUAUUAUUAUUAUUACCUCACAGUGGCCAACCAGAUGCCCCAAUGUGAAGCCACCAAGCAGACCCUGAGCACAAAUGGUAUCCUCUCCAAACCGCAGUUCCCAACACUUAGUAUACUGCCUCCGACUGUGGAGGCUAAUCAUGGCCUCUGUUGUGACAGAGCGUUAGAUACUAGAUGGUCAGUUUUUUGAAUUUUUGUACCCGUUUCAAUCUGCUUGCACCUUGUGCGAGAUAAACUUGUUUCCCUCUGCGUUUCUCCUCUCCCUGGUCCUGUAUAAAAAAUAAUAAUGCAUUUCUUGCAAG